UGCAGCCCUAAGGAGAUGAAAGACCUAAAACACGUAGUGCUGGAUACUGGAGUUCUCUCUUGUGUUUAUAGUUUUUAAUAUUUUCUGUGAGAUUUGUGGACUUAAAAAAACUUCCUGCUGGUUCAGCCGUUUUGAUUUUGCUUUUUUGUUUGUUUUGAGGAGAGGAAACCUAUUUUAAUCUUCUUUUGUUUUCUUUCUAUUUAUUAUUUCGGGUCAAGAUUAAUACUUUUACAACAGCCAGAUGGUGAGUCAGACAGCCAUGCGAGGCCAGCGUGGGGCGGAGAGCAAGCGCAGGUGCUGGAACCCGGCCGUUUGGCUCCUGGUGUCCCUGCUGGCUUCCUUUGUGGUGGUGCCCCUCGGUGUGCUGAGACUAGGCAUGAAGAUAAACAAACGAACUCUAACCAGCAACACGAUGCAAACCUUCGAGAGGACGCAGUACCAAGUCCAACUGGUGAAUGGACGCAACAUGUGCGAGGGCAGAGUCGAGGUGCUCUACAACGGCUCAUGGGGCACGGUGUGCGACGACGACUGGGACAUGGUGGAUGCCAACAUCGUGUGCCGGCAGAUGGGAUGCGGGGUGGCCGUCGCCGUGGGCAGCAGCUCUCAGUUCGGACAAGGCACGGGACUCAUCGCGCUGGAUAACGUGGACUGCCGGGGAAACGAGGCAGACCUGAGUCAGUGUCGCAGCCUGGGCUGGGGUGUCCACAACUGUUACCACUAUGAGGAUGUGGGAGUUACCUGUAGAGUACCUGCGCUCUUGGGGGCAAGAGAGUUUGCAGAGCCCACAACACCCACAGUCAAGUCUGGAUUACGCGAUGGCGCUGUUCGCUUGGUGAAUGGCAUGAACUCCUGCCAAGGUCGGGUCGAGAUCUACUACCAAGGAAGCUGGGGGACGGUGUGCGACGACGACUGGGGGCUCCGCAACGCCAUGGUGGUGUGUCAGCAGCUAGGCUGCGGCAGUGCGGUCUCUGCUCACACCAACUCCUACUUCGGCUACGGCACCGGACUCAUUCUCCUCGACAACGUCAACUGCUAUGGCAACGAACAGGAGCUGAUGAGGUGCAAGAGCCUGGGCUGGGGAAAACACAACUGUGGACACCAUGAGGACGCCGGGGUCACCUGCACUGGAUCAACUACUGUUCCGCCAGCAGUUACAGAAGUACGAAGAAUCCUCUUGGAAACGACAGGCACCACAGUCACAGAGAGAAUUUCAACUACCAGGUCUACAACAACUACAACAACAACCGUAACCACGACUACCCAAACCAAAGGCAAUCCCACCGUCCGUGUGGUGAACGGCAACAGCAGCUGCCAGGGUCGCGUGGAAGUUCUCUACAGAACCAUCUGGGGGACGGUGUGUGACGACGACUGGGACAUGCCCAACGCCAACGUGGUGUGCAGAGAGCUCGGAUGUGGUCCGGCCAUCGCGGCCACGACCCUGGCCUUCUUCGGCUACGGUACAGGCCCCAUCCUGCUGGACAACGUGGAGUGCACCGGCAGAGAAUCCGACCUGUCCCAGUGCUUCCACCUGGGCUGGGGUCAACACAACUGUGGUCAUCACGAGGAUGCUGGCGUUAUCUGUGCACCUCCCCCACAGUUGGACCCCUUGUUUUUAAUCCCGAUCGCACGAGACUUCCGGGUGACGGAACAAACACCAGCAACCACGAAGCCCUCAGAAGGAGCGCUGAGGCUGGUGGACGGCCAGCACCGGUGCGAGGGUCGAGUGGAGUUGUACCUAAACUCGACGUGGGGCACGGUGUGCGACGACGCCUGGGACCUUCGGGAUGCCCAGGUCGUGUGUCGCUUGGUGAGCUGCGGAGAAGCCACGCACGCUUGGGGCGAGGCUCACUUUGGACCUGGCACAGGAACGAUCCUGCUGGACAAUCUGAAAUGCAGCGGCACUGAGGCCUCCCUGCAGCAGUGCUCCCAUAUAUCUUGGAACGUGCACAACUGCAAUCACUCCGAGGACGCCGGUGUGACCUGCUCCCUGUCGUGAUCGCAGCGUGACCUCGCUCCCAUCUCCAGCUCUGCUAGGACUUGUACACAUUAUGUAAAUACCAACCUUCACGUCGUCGAAGGAGUACCCCAUGCAAUAAUAUAAUAUACACAGUAAAGUUAUAAAUAUUAAGCACUUUAUAAAUAUAUGAUAUGACAGUAAAUGUACACAUUUCAGCAAAGCUUUUAACUUUUUUUGUGCUAAUAUUUACUAUAUAUGAUCCAAGUACUCAAGGAAGUCCAUAAAUCUGUUGAAGACAUUGAAGGAAGAAUAGAGAUAUGACAAAUGUAUGAUAAAAGUACAAAUGAAAGACUUGGUACUGUAUGCUAUAAACCAGAAGAAUGCAAAACACUUUGUCUUGUGAAUUUAUGAAGUAUAUAUGCAAUCUUUGUGUUCUGCACACCCUCAUAAUGUAACUAAUAAUCAUAUAUAUAAAUAACAAAAAUAAAUGUUCUUAUUUUUUGGUAUGUA